CUGAUGCCAAAAAGGUUGGGGACCGCUGGCCUAAACUGAAAGACAAUUCUUGUGAGACCACAAACUGGACUAUGCAAGAAAUAGGAGAACAGCACGCCCUAUUUGAGAGAAUUAGACUUUGAAAUGCUAGGAAGCAAAAGGUAAGAAACAGUUUAAAUGUGUGGUAACGCCCCUGAAAGUGUACUGUGCCCCUCAAAUAGCUCACCUGCCCUCAAUUCCCACUUCAACUGAUUAUGAUCAUCUUGCUUGAUUAAAAUCAGUUCAUAAUAAUAACUGAGAAUGCUAUUAAGCAAAUAAUUAAGCUGAAAUUAGUUAUUAAGCUGGUACUUGACGCUUUGGAAGAAAAGUAGAAACUUAUUAUCAAGCUACAGAGGAAGAAAGUAUGAUUAGAGUCAAUUAUAUCUUCUGCCAGACAGGAGACCUGACGAAUGCCCCUGUCCCUCCAAAGUCCUUUAAGCACCAAUGAAGGGAGAGAGUCUGGUGAGACAGUGUGCACAGGUACUUGGGAGUUGUCUAGUAACUUAGUGGUUGGAGGGGGAGGGACUAGCUCAGGCAGCAGGGGCAGGUCUGCACUGGGAUUGCUGCCUUCAGAGAGCUGGGGAGGCAGGAGGCUGAGGACUGAAAAAGAGAGGGUGAAUCAUUCUUAAUGACCUACGGGAUCCCAAAGAUGGUGAGCUGCAAGCCUGGACUGCCAACCAUGGCCAGAAUUGUGCUGUGGCUCUGAACCCACAACUCCUCAUCCCCUGGCUCAUGAGAAUUUGAGCUGGAAAGCCAGCAUGCCUUGGUAAGUUGAAGUCCUGCCACGUCAAGACAUGGAGUCAUCUUUCUCAUUUGGAGUGAUCCUUGUUGUCCUGGCCUCCCUCAUCAUUGCUGCUAAUGCACUAGUGGCUGUGGUUGUGCUAUUGUUGAUCCACAAGAAUGAUGGUGUCAGUCUCUGCUUCACCUUGAAUUUGGCUGUGGCUGAUACUUUGAUUGGUGUGGCCAUCUCUGGCCUAAUCACAGACCAGCUCUUCAGCUCUUCUCAGCCCACACCGAAGACCCUGUGCAGCCUUCGGAUGGCAUUUGUCACUUCCUCUGCAACUGCCUCUGUCCUUACAGUCAUGCUGAUCGCCUUUGACAGGUACCUUGCCAUCAAGCAGCCCCUCCGCUACUUCCAGCUCAUGAGUGGACUCGUGGCUGGGGCCUGCAUUGCCGGGCUGUGGUUGCUGUCUUACCUCAUUGGCUUCCUCCCACUUGGAGUCCCCAUGUUCCAGCAGACCACCUACCAGGGGCCCUGCAGUUUCUUUGCUGUGUUUCACCCUCACUUCGUGCUGACCCUCUCCUGCAUUGGGUUCUUCCCAGCCCUGAUCCUCUUUGUCUUCUUCUACUGUGACAUGCUCAAGAUUGCCUCCAUGCACAGCCAACAGAUCCGAAAGAUGGAACAUGCAGGAGCUGUGGCUGGAGCUUACCGGCCCCCACAGACUCCCAACGUCUUCAAGGCUAUCCGUACUGUGUCUGUUCUCAUUGGGAGCUUCACUCUGUCCUGGGCCCCCUUCCUCAUCACUGGCAUUGUGCAGGUGGCCUGCCGGGAAUGCCGCCUCUACUCCGUGCUGGAACAGUACCUGUGGCUGCUUGGUGUGGGCAACUCCCUGCUCAACCCACUCAUCUAUGCCUAUUGGCAGAAGGAGGUGCGGCAGCAGCUCUACUACAUGGCCCUGCUAGUGAAGAAGGGGCUCACCUCAUUCCUCCUCCUCCUCUUGGCCAAGAAUGGUGGCCCAGAAAAUCCCAGGGAAAAUUCCUGUCACAUCAUCACUAUCUCCCACUCAGAGCUUAAUGGCUAAGACGGUAAGGGCAGAGAAGUUUCAAAGUGCCUUUCCCUUCCCCACUCUGGGCCCCAACUAGAUCAGAUGGAACUAGGGAAAUAAGAGC